AUGUUGUUCACCAGCUUACCGAAGAGGGCCAAAAUCAUGAAACCGAAAGAAGUCUUAGAAAGAGCUUUCACGUUCUUGGCCCAUCGCAAAGUUCCUAGGACACCUUCCAGUGUGAGAAGACAGUGGAAAGCCUGUGAACACAUGGAUCAACAGGCGAUUGAUGUCUUGAGUAUCGUGAACAAUCACCCAUACAAGUCUUCUCAGAUAUUGAUAGGGAUCCGCUUGGGCCGUAUGAUCCACGAAGUCCAGGAGUUGGAGCCGCACGUCAAACUUUACGCUAAAUGGGCGAACGAGUUACCCUGGAAUGUGGAUGAUCAGACUACUGAUCUGGCCGAACGAGUUCGAAAGACCAACCUCUUGGAAGGCACAAAACUGAUCCAGGACAAGCUUCAAGCUGAGAUCUCAGCCCUUCAUCUGGAGAGCGCAGAGAACUCUGACAAACUCAAAUCAUUCAGAGACGCACCUGGCUUGCUGGAGGACAUAAUCUCGAUGCUGGAGCUAUUGAAGGAUUCGUGUACUUGUGAGGGUAGCUUCAACGAGCAGAAAAUUCUCGAGAGCGUGUCUCACGUCGAGGACUUAGUGAACCGAGCGACAAGUCCUUAUCAGCACGGCAAUCUGUCAAGGUCAUGUCUCACAGUUGAGCUUUCUAAACGGAAGAUCGAGGGCAGCGAGGAAGCCAUCGACUACAUCGGUGUUCUCCCCGCGGCAGACUUGAUCCUCGAGCGUUGCGAAGUUUUCCCUACUCUAUCCCACGAUCUAAGACAACUCACUAAGGAGAUUGUCUCCGAUCGUAUCGUCAGGAGCUUGCAAACAGAGACAGUAGCGUAUCUGCAACGGUGUAUAGAGUCGAAGCUCGCUCUCGCUCUAUCUCGUGACUUGCUGACGAGUAAGGCCAGGGCUCGAAGGCCAUAA